AUGUCUAAUGGAUCAGGUUCUACCCAACAAAUAAAAGAUCCUUGUGAAACAAAGAAAAGUAUCCAUGAAUCAGAUAUAAGACUUGCUGUUUACAAGUAUGAUCCUAACAUUGAAAAGCCACUUUGUGAUAAAUAUGGUAUUGCACGUGGAGGAGAAUGGUUUCGAAUAGAAAAGGGACGAGAAAUGGUCACGAAUGAAACUGAAAUGUUUACCUGUGGAACGGACACUGGGUUAUGGAUGAAAGGGGACGUUCCGAAAUUCGGUGAUGGAGAGGUAGCAAGAAAGGCAUGUGUUCCAGGAAAUGUGGAUGCUUGUGAGAAAACAUACAAUAUAAAAGUUAAAAAUUGCAAGAGCCAUUUUGUCUACUUUCUUGUUCCACCAACAAAUUGCCCAGAGGCAUAUUGCUUUGGUUAUGGUGUUCCAGGUACUAUAACAAAGGAAAAAACGGAAAAACCGAGGGUGGAACACGAUCUUCAGAAAAUUAUUGGACGUAGAGGUGCUUACCAGGAACUGAGAUUUAAAUGUUCAUUCACGCCAAAACGCAAUAGCGUGCUAUUGUACAAGAUCUUUUGGUACAUAAACAAUUCUACAAACCCAUUUAGUACAAGUAAAAUUGUGAGGAAAGAAGAUUUAAACCUCGCUUAUUUGACAGUGGAAAAUGGCUUGAAUACAAUUACUCUUGGCAUUCAGUUAGCUUGUCGUGUGAGGCUGUAUUUGAAUCCUAAUGGCGCACCAGGUCCAUUUUCUCCAAUGAGUGACUAUUUCUUCGCCGGUUUACAGGCUGAACAAACGUCUUAUUAUGUUAGUCACGAUAAUACGACUGACAUAAAAUUUCGACUGACAGUUCCUUUUGGAUGCCCAUUCAUAAAGACACAAGACUUAAAUCCAAGUAACUGUACAAUGGAAAUAAUCAUGGAUGUACCCCCAGUAUCGAAGUGUACUGGUCAAGCAAUAGCGGGUUUGUUAAAGUGCGGUAAAACCGUAUAUAGUUAUAACUGGAACUCUAGUCAAACACUCACCGUUAGACACCAUGGAAGUACAGAUUACAAUCUUAUUAAGGACUUUCAGAUUCAUCUCAAAGCUCAACAGCCAGGAGGAAGCGGAAAAUACUGGCAAAACACUCGAUUAACAGGACUUCAUGUAAAUAUUCAUGUUCUAGAUUCCCCAAACCAACAAUGGAAAGGCUCUGCAUGUUAUGCUGUCAGUGACCCACACAUGAAGGCAUUUGAUCGCUCAAUGACAUUUGAAAAUCAAAAUUCGGGAACCUUUACAUUGUAUCAGUAUAAGGACGACUAUGGAAAUACAAUGGAGAUUCAAAGUAAAGUAACGUCGUGUAAUGGUUCACCAGAUAUAUAUUGCACAUGCGGGAUUGCAAUUCGAUCGGCCGCCGACGUAUUUAUGAUUGACAGAUGUCCAGAUAGGAAACCUUGGUAUUUUGGAUUUCCAAGCUGUGUGGAGAAUACGUUGAAAGUUACAAAGAGAAAAGGAAACGAAUGGACGUAUUGGAUCCAUUUUGUAACUGGCACCUAUGUAGAGGCUAGACUACAACACCGGUUUAAUGCAUACACUAUCGAACUACACGUCUUUCCCUCCCGCAAAGAUGUAAAUAGAUCGGAAGGACUAUGCAGCCGGCUUGGAUCAAAUACACUUCGAGAAAAAGGCACUGGAAAAAAUCUAGAAGGAGAUCCAAAAGCAUUUGCCUUAUCAUGGAGUGUUGAAAAAGCCAACGAUCUGUUUCUCAUGAACUAUCAACAAAUUAGAAAUUUUGAUCCAAUGAAACAACAUAAGAAGCUUUGUAUAUGUGAUCCAAAUAUCACCAAAGUCAACGAGUUGAUAGAAGAGAGUUUGUGCACUAAUGUAGAUACUAUUAACUGUGAACCAUCUAUAAAAUCUGUUCAGCAAGAUAUUUGCUUUGAAAAGCACCAAAGACGACGAAGGUCCCCUUUCAGUCAUAUUCCUAUGAACAUUGUUCAUAUUAAUGAAAGAAAACAAAAGAGAUCUGUACCUAAAUUUACUCCGAUGACAAAGGAAGAAGCUUUUAAAUGGUGCACUGAUUACAUGAAUCAAUCCAUGGCAUUUAAAGCGUGUACUAAAGUACCAUCAGUAGAUCCAAACGAUGCCAUAAGAACUUGCGCUUUAGAUAUCAUGCUAACUAACACAACAGACUGGGCCUCUGCCUCAAGAGAAGGCUUAAAAUCGGCGUGUUUUAAAGAACUUCGACAAAAUCAAACUCUACAGACAGCUGAACGUGGUAAAUCUCAAAGCAUUGCAGAGCAGAUCAAAACAAUUAGUUGUCCUAAUGAAUGUAGUGGUAAUGGUGUUUGCAAUAAUGGUAAUUGCAUUUGCCGAAAUAAUUAUGGAGCUGGAGAUUGUUCGAUCAAUUUUAAUGACCCUCCUCACGUAUUUGGAGCAAAUUUGGACACAGGGGGGCUUUGUGAUAAGCCUGUUUGUAAAAUCGCAUCACUAGAGGGUGAUCCUUUUUUAGACAGACCUGAACUGACUUGCAGAAUGGAGGAGUUUGAGAUAAACUAUAAAGGGGAAAAUAAAUCUUUAGGAGUUCAUAUUGUUCCUGCUGUGCACAAUACUGUUGCGGACAUUCGAUGCCCAUUUCCUCAUCUAAGGCAAAAACGAUCAUCCCCAACAAAUAACGAAUUUGUUGUGGCUUAUAAGAUUGCAGUUAGCAAUGACGGGAAAUCAUUCAGUGAUAAUCAUCUCUUAUACAUUUUGGAUUCGACAUGCCAAGAUACUUUAAAUGUUUCAGGACAACUUCGAUUUACUUUACGAGCUGGGUACUGUUUUAUACGAGGCAGGUGCGUUCGUGAUAGUGUUUUCAGUGGAAGGGAUAAUUGCAAAAUAUGUGAUGCCAAUGUGGAUCAAUUUGGAUGGACAACUUUGAAAUCUAAACCUGGAUGUACCAUUACAUCAGAUCAGCCGCAAAAAACGUCUUACAGUUGGAUUGCUGGUGUUGUGAUUGGAUGCAUAGCUCUACUUACUACCAUAAUCAUUGCAUUAGCUUGCUGGAUGAAGAAAUAUCGAUAUGUGAAAGAUAGUUUUCCUGAAUUGAAACCUCCAAAGUAUCAGGAAUCCCAGAAAAUGUCAUAUAAACAUUAAUGAUGUUGCUAAAAGAUUAGCG